GCCAGAAAUGGAGCGACAUCAUGGCAAGUAAGCAUGGUCCAUUCGACUUAGGCUCGAUUAUUUUCAGCACAAUCUGGUUCCGUAAAGAGCAAUGCGAUGACUAUCUGCAUUACGAGCUGGAACACUGAGCACCAGAGGAACCUGGUGUGAUGACCUGUGCAUGAUUUCCAGUGUCACGAGGGCUCCUCUCGUUCAGAGGAGGAGCAGAAGUAAGAGCUACCUGCAGCCGGAACGCAGCUGCUUCGGUUCUGUUUCACGACUCAACUCGAUUCCAGCGCUGACGCCACGCAGGCUCAGCACCAGCAGAAGGGCCCCAAGGUUCCACAAUAUCACUGAGAAGGUGAAUCCGGAGCAGCUGGCCUUACUGGUGAAGACGGAGUGGCAGCUGUCUUAUGUUACUCCCCUCCAUCAGUUCAGACACACCCAGCUGAGGAGCUACUCCAGGCAGCUCUCAGCGUUUAUUGCUGCUGAGAAGCAGCAAGGUUUGGCGGUGGAAGUGGAAGGACCACAGAGCGGCUUCAGAGUCUCCUUCUCUGUGGUGCAGGGGCUGGUCGAGGAGGAAGAUGAUGCAGAGACCGUCCUCAUACAGAUCCAUUCAAAGCCGUUGUUUGUCAGGCAGGACGAGCCGCAGCGGCCAGUGUGGAGCGGCUGGCUGACCUGCAUCAAUGGCAACCAGGAAUACCUGCGCUCACUUCCAGAGGACUUCAUCUGCCUGCCGCUCUUCGGCAGCAGUGGGGCUGAGGGUCUCACUGCUGCGGUCAAAUCCUGGUUCCAGCAGACCUUCGACUGUUGCUUUGGCCCGCUGGAAAUCAGCCACACGAGUCUCCAGUGGCUGUCGGCAUUAUGGACUGACUGCCACACUGAGUGCAACAUCCAGCACCUCAAAAUGAUUUGGACGCUUCCGGUGGCGCCACCGCUGCAGGUCACCUACACAGUUAACCCCCAAGACGCCUGGGAGCUGUGGAGCAGUGUGAGGAAGGAUCCACAGGAGGAGAAGAAAGGAGAGGAGGAGAUGGAGAAUAGUAUUCAUAUUGAGGAGGUGAUGAGGUUCAUCCAGGAGUUAAAGAGCCACUUCUACAGACACUUCAGGCUGGAUCUGUCAGCGGGAAGCCUGAACCAGGUCUCCACAGCACUGGGCUCGGCCAAGUACAGCGGCAGGAUCAAGAUCUCCAACAGCAGAUACAUGAUCACCACUCUGACGCUGCUGACAGAAUGUGCCCUCCUCAAAAUGCCCAUCUGAGUGACAGAGGAAAGACUUUUAACGCCACCAGGAAAUCCAACAAUAGCAGCAUUUGUUAAAAAAGACUGAAUGUGCAACUUUAUCCUGUAGAUUGCUUUUUUAAAAAAUGUUUUCUCAACAAACAUCUCAUUUUUACUUUUUUUCAAAACAUGGAAAGUUAUAUUUCACAGUACACUCUGUAAUGAAAUCCAGCGUCUAAAAACACAGAAAUCUUGUGGCCAUAAUUAUGAGUGACGAUUGAGGAAGACUCCAGGAUUUACCGGAUUGUCUGCUUUCUUUGUUGUGAUGGCAACCAUGCUUAGGUUCCCCCUCUUGUAAAUACUAUACUGUAUAUAUACUCUUGUCCAGCUGUUUAUAUAUUUUUAUCAUUUAUAGUUGUAAAUAAAAGCAAAAGUUUGC